AUGUUAGCCGUUCACCGUCCUUCCUCCGCCGUAUCUGACGGUGAUUCCGUUCAGAUUCCGAUGAUGAUCGCUUCUUUUCAAAAACGUUUUCCUUCUCUCUCACGCGAUUCAACCGCCGCACGUUUCCACACACACGAGGUUGGUCCUAACCAGUGUUGCUCCGCCGUUAUCCAAGAGAUCUCCGCUCCUAUCUCCACCGUAUGGUCCGUCGUAAGACGCUUCGAUAACCCUCAAGCUUACAAACACUUCCUCAAAAGCUGUAGUGUCAUCGGCGGAGACGGUGGUAACGUAGGUAGUCUCCGUCAAGUCCACGUCGUCUCCGGCCUACCCGCGGGUAGCUCCACCGAGCGUCUUGACAUCCUCGACGAUGAGAGACACGUCAUAAGUUUCAGCGUCGUUGGUGGAGACCAUCGGCUUUCUAACUACCGAUCUGUCACGACGCUUCAUACUUCUCCGAUCUCAGGGACCGUCGUGGUGGAGUCUUACGUCGUUGAUGUACCUCCGGGGAACACAAAGGAAGAGACUUGUGAUUUUGUUGACGUUAUCGUAAGAUGCAAUCUACAAUCUCUUGCUAAAAUAGCUGAGAAUUCUGUUGCGGAGAGCAAGAAGAAGAAGACUUCCCUGUGA